AUGCCUUCCUUCACCAGCAUCGUCUCCAUCCUGGCCGUCGCCGCCGCCACCGCCAUGGCAUUCGAGUACCCAGAGUACGAGGUUCCAUCCAAGAGCGUCGAACCCGAGUACAAGCCAGCCAGCAAGUCCGUCGACGAUGCCUACAAGCACGCCACCGCCGCUCCAAAGGAGACCUACGUCCCCCAACCAGCUGCCAAGGAGCCAGUCUACUUCACCACCUCCACCACCCGUCCCAUUGCCAAGCCCACCGCCGCCCCAGCCCCGUCCCAGGGGAACUGCAACGUCAACUCUGCCGUUGCUUGCUGCGACACUGCUGAUAAGACCCUCGGCAGCAACCUGCUCGGUACACUUGCGAUGCCCGGUCUGGCGUUCGCAUCCAGGUGUACAAAGGUGUUGAGAGUGAUGCCUCCUGGGGUCGACAUGGCCGCUUUCAUGGAUUCUGGCGUGAAAGCUUUGGCCGCGAACAUUGCACCAGAAGACUUCAGACAGCUCGAUACGAUAUCCUGCGCAAGACUCCUCGGAACUCCCUCGGCAACGCUCGCAUCUACAGCCGUGUCCAUCGCCACGAUAGCCAAAGCAUGUACAGCGGCGCCAAUCGCUGUAGCCGCGCCCAUAUGUGCUUCCGGGAUUCUGAGCACCGAUCCGAUCCUUUCCAGACAAUUCGCCGACAAGUCCCGGGGUCUUCAGGAUGGAUCCAAGCUGCGUGGGCAAGAACCCGAGGACCACAAUAUCUGCGCCCUUGACACAACCUACGAUGUUAUCGUCACCGAAAGACAAGUCGACUUUGCUAGAGUUCGAGAGGUCUUGCUUCAAUCUCUCCCGUGA